CUCAUCAUCUAGCGCACCUCUCGCUCUUCCUCACACUCUCUCACUUUCCAUACGUGAUCUACACCAUGGCCAAGCCCUACCAGCUGGCAUUCACUCUCCACGGUCACUCCUCCGACGUGCGCGCCGUCACCGUCGCGGACGCCACAGCUCCCCACCUCCUCUCAGCCUCGCGCGACGGCUCGGCCAUCCUCUGGGGUCCCUCGUCCAACGGCAAGGACUGGGACGCCAAGCUGCGCGUUGAGGAGCUCGAGCGUAACUAUGUCUCCUGCGUCACGAGUGUGAAAUGGCAGGGCGAUGACUAUCUUCUCAUCGGCUCGUCGAAGGGCCUGCUGUCGUCGUACGUGAUUCCGGGAACGGUCAACGACGCGCCGAGCGCAGACCCGCCAACUCUUGAGCCAUUCCACACUCUUAUUGAACACCAGCAGAAUCUGUGCUGCAUCGACGCGACCAAGAAUGCUCUAGUUGCCACGGGCAGCUGGGACAUGAGCGUCAUCAUCUGGAAGGACUUUAAGAAAGUCAUCACGAUUAAGGGACAUAAGCAAGCUGUGUGGGCAGUCAAGUUUGUCGGGGAGGACCGCGUUCUGACCGCUUCCGCCGACAAGGAGAUCAUUCUUCACGCCAUCGACGUCGCAAACGGGCGCUCAACUCCACUUCAAACGUACACUGGUCACACAGAGCCAGUCCGUGGAUUGAGCCUGCGGCCCGAUGGAAAGGGGUUCUGGAGCUGCGGUAACGACGGCCUUGUGAACCUUUACAGCUUCGAUAAGCCCGCGCCAAUUCGCUCGCUCUCGGGUCACACCUCGUUCGUGUACAGCGUUGCAGCACUGCCCGAUGGCUCCGGGGCAAUCAGUUCCGGCGAAGAUGGCACCCUGCGUCUUUGGUCUGAAACGGAGCUUGUGCAGACCAUCAACCACCCUUCCCUCUCCCUGUGGUCCUGCACGGUCGUCCCCCAAGCGAAGGAGUCCGGCUAUUAUCUCGUGUCCGCCGCCGCCGACUCCACCAUUCGGUUUUUCACUCGCACCGACGACCUCAAGGCUGACGCGGAGACUCUAGCGCAAUGGGACAAGGAGGUUGGCGAGCGCAAGCUGGACAAGAGCCAGGUUGGAGACGUGAAGCGCACCGAUCUGCCAGGCAUGGAGGCACUAGGCCGGGAGGGCAAGAAGGAUGGUCAGGUUAUCAUGAUCAACAACAACGACAGUGUAGAGGCGUACCAGUGGCAAGCAGCGAACUCAACAUGGCAGCAGAUUGGCCAGGUUGUUGACGCCGUCGGUUCGGGUCGUAAACAGCUCUACGAGGGGAAGGAAUACGACUACGUCUUUGACGUUGAUGUGUCCGAAGGCAUGCCCCCCUUGAAACUACCCUACAACGUCUCUGAGAACCCUUGGGUUGCUGCUCAGCGCUUCUUGGACCGCAACGACCUUCCUGGUGGAUAUGCCGAGCAGGUCGUCGACUUCAUCCAGAAGAACACUGGAGGUGUCGAACUCGGAACCGGGAGCAGCAACUAUGUCGACCCCUACACGGGUGCGACUCGCUACACUGGAGGAGGUGUGACAACAGGCAGUGGUUCCGGCAGUGCGGGUCAAUCUGGAGACCCAUUCACGGGUGGCUCGCGCUACACUGGCGGCGGAGUCACCCCGGGGAGCGCGGGUGGCUUUGGCGGUGCAGACCCCUUGACUGGCUCUUCGUCGUACCAGAGCACUCCGCCGGCCCCUACGAGCAAAAUACUGCCUGUCAAGACGUAUCUGACGUUUAAGAAGAUCAAUGCCAAGGCGGCGCAGGGCAAGCUGGAGCAGUUUGAUGAAGAGCUCUCUACCUCAGCGCCUGGACUCGUGAUGGACAACGCUACCAAGGCCUGCCUCGACGAGGCGGUUGCUAUCGUGGCUGCCGACAAGCCUGCUGGGCAGGAGAGCUAUGACCCUGCCACACUGUUGGAGCUUGCGCUUCGUUGGAGGGCAAGUCACCGCUUCCCCCUGGUAGACAUUCUUCGCGUGCUAGCGCUAUACUCGCCUGCCUUUGCGGGAUGCGCGGAGGUGCCCAAAUCCCUUCUGAGCAUGGCAGGAUGGGGCGGCACCGGGCCUGUGGACAAGCCAACAGCGACUAACACAUUACUUGGCCUGCGUACGCUGGCCAACAUGUUUAACAGCGGAGCGGGUCAGUCUACGAUGGUCGCCGCUGCAGAGCACGGCAUCCUUGCGGAGCUUAUCAAGGGCCGAUCAUGGGCUGAUCUCGGAAACGCGAAGCAGCCUUUCGCGACAAUUGCGUUGAACUACUCGAUCACCGCGUUGGACACAAAGCUUCCAGCUACGCAGGCGGGUCCUCUGUUGGAUCUUAUCGUUCACAUCCUUAAGAGCGAGUCGACAGAUAGCGAGACCCUUUACCGCGCGGGCGUAGCAUUUGGCAACCUGCUGUCAUCGCCGAUCAAGGGUAGCCUUGCGGUUGGCUCAGUCAAGGAGGGCAAGCAGGUGCUUCUGACUCGCGCCAAGGGGCUCAACGAGAAGCGUGUCACGGAGCUCGCCCUUGAGGUCAACGCCAUCGCAGCAUAGAAGUAGACAGGCUAGAGCGCAUGGCAGGAGAUAAGUACAUGCAUGAAGUACAUCUAAAG